CAUGAGGAUUCAACAAAGGACUAAAAUAUGACGCCAUAUUUGGCACCGUUUUCCGCUUAUCUGGGGGGAAGCCUGAAGAUGACAGAUACAUAUCUUCAUUUUGUUUCUUUGGAGACUGUUUAUGGAUGACUGAGUACCGCUCGCGUCCCGAAAUGUCCCCGAUAGCCUUCAUGGAGUCUUCGGUCUCCCAUUGGCAGACGCAAUCAGAGGUCCGACGUGUUUUCGUCCUAGACAUAUGCAAACGGAUGGAAAGUAGAGUGGUAUACGAUACAAAUUUUAUGUCCACCACAAACGGACAUUUUGGACUAACAACCAAAAGCAAGGCCAAAAAAGUAAUGAUGAUAGAGAUGCGAUAGCGUUGCAGCUUGGCUGAUAUAAUUCAUAAACGAAACAAAGAUUGCGCAAAUGCCGAGAUCAUGAUGAACUUUUCCCCUUAGUCAACACCCCAUGGAAGAAGACGAGGAAGGACGGAACGACUUAGCAUGACUUGGGUUUGCGAUCGCAUGCUUUGUGGCAUGAUAGAUGAUGAAUCGAAAUUCUCUUGGAAUCCCGACGAGAUUAUGACCAAGGUCCAAGCAACGCCGAAGACUCAAGUAUCGCCGGCUCGGUAGAUUACUUGGAAAGAGAAGAUCAUUUCUGGUAGAGACAAGCACACUGACAUGGGAUGCCUGAAAUUACAUUGCAGGCAUCUGGCGACGAUACAACCAUGUCCGCAGGACAUUCCGGUCAUGGGACAUUGC